AUUGAGUUGGUGAAUUACUCUUUGAGUUUUGACAUGAUGAAGUUCGUUUUAUUUUGUGCUCUGUUUUCCUUGGCAUCAGCAACGACAUACACAAUAGUAACAGAGACUUCAAACGUGAAAAAUGCCGAAACAGACAACAUUUAUCUCCGCAUGACUCUGGUUGGACCACACGGAAACGUUUUGACCCCUUACUUCGAUGAACCCGACAGAGACGAUUUUAAGAAAGGAGCUUCCGAAGCGUUUGUGUUCAGCGGACUGAAAGAGGUGGGAGAGAUCCACUGUAUUGAUAUCAGUGUUGGAGGAGACGAUUGGUGGCUCUUCGAGACCAUUUUGGUGUACUCCGAUACACAUCCGAUGCCAGUGAUCUUUGAGAACACAUCUAACCAGGGCAUGUCAUCAGACACUAGCGAGGGAGUGAGAAACAUGAGACUUUGUGCUGGAGGAGGUGAUAUCAGCAGAAAAUAAAUCAGAAGAUAAAUUUUCUCAAUUAUUUUACUUACUUAGAAUAUGUUUUAACUGAAA